CUUGACCAAGGAUCUAUAGCCGUGAGGUCAAUCGCACGUCUCUUCACAACAAUGGCCGAAAGCAGAGGAAAGGCAUGGCCCCUUGCUGAUGCAAACCUGACCAACUCGAUCUUGGACCUUGUCCAGCAGGCCGGACAGUACAAGCAGCUAAAAAAAGGUGCUAACGAAGCUACCAAAACUUUGAACCGUGGUGUUGCGGAGUUCAUUGUGCUUACUGCCGAUACCGAACCUUUGGAGAUCUUACUUCAUCUUCCCCUCCUUUGCGAAGAGAAGAACGUCCCUUACGUCUUCGUUCCCUCCAAAACUGCCCUUGGCCGUGCGUGCAACGUUACCCGCCCUGUAAUCGCCGCGAGCGUUACGACUAGCGAGGCGAGAGAGUUGCAGAGUCAAAUCAGGACCAUUAAGUUGGCCAUUGAGAAGCUCAUGUACUAGUUGCCUCAUCGUACUACUGAAUGA